UCGGUGGUGUUUCGUCGUACGGAAAUUUCUUCCGCCUAGAGUUUUGUUACAUCCCAGAUCUACAGAGUGCAUAGCUAGGGCAGAGAAGUUGAAGGUGGUCCAAAUUUCAAUGUCGAUUGGAUGUUAUUGGAUGCAUAAUCGGGACAGAAGGGCGCUAAAAGUAGGCACUUAGCCUCAAGGGAACGGAACUCGUACGUUCUCCUCCCGAGCAGGCCUUGAGGUGGACCUAAUUCGUGUUGAAGAAGCAGUAUUUCACUGUCAUUCUCCGGGGUGGUCUAUUUGCCUGCUGUGGUAGCCCCUUUGAGAGUCUUGUGCUGUUCGUUCUGGAGAUAUUGCGAAUUCGGGUAGAAUCUCGCUAUCAAAAAACGCAUUUGCAGAAAUUAAAAAAAAUGUUGUUUUGCUUUGCUGAUACUUGGUUUUGAGUGCCAAAGUGUGACAUUCGGAGGUGUGUGCGGGAAGAAAUUUAUCGAAAAUAUUGGCAGUCGCCGCUGUCAUCGCAAGAGUUCGAUUUGUGGCUGCGUUGGUGUGUGUUCGAUUUCGUGAAGAGAAGUGGUUUUGUGGCUGAAAGUGGUGUUGCGUUGUGUUGUUGUUGCUGCGUUUGGAGCAUUGUUUCUCUCCACCUUUCUGGCUACCCCGGACGGAGUGUGUUCAUUCCGCUGCCAGUAUUUUUUCGCUCUGUGCCGUGCCAAAAGAACCACUUGACGUAACCAUCUGACGAUAUAGCUCUGUUCGUUUCCAUCGGCGAAUGCAUUAUCUCCAAUUAAAAAAGCAAUAACAAAUUUGUGGUUUUUUAUAGUGCCAAGUGUUUUGUGUGUGGGUCAAGUGAUCGAACGUGUAUUCAUCUCUAGAAUAAAUCCCAUGAAGAUCAGUGUCAAGGUGUAUUAGAAGUUUGUGUAAAAAAAAAGAAAAAAAAGGGGAUCAAUUUUGUUUGAAACCAUGACCCGGUCACUACGAUUGGUAGUGCUCGGGGUGCUUUGCCUAGUAGCCUACUACUGUUGUGAUGCAAGCAAAUUGGGUACAAUUGCCGGUCUCGAUGAUGCGGCUGCCCUGAAGGAAGAUACUCUUCAAAGCAACAUGCUGCCCGAGGAAGAACCGGUGCAUGUCACCAAAGGACCAAAGCUGGUGACGAAGCCCGUUAAAGUGACCCCGGCGAUCGCGAAAGGACCCUCUAAUGAAUUGAACUCUACCCUUCAGUGUGCGGAGCGUCAGUUUCGCUGCAACGAUGGCCACUGCAUCCACGUUAGCUUCGUCUGCGACGGUGAGGCGGACUGUUCCGAUGGGAGCGACGAGCAUUCCCGGGAGUGCAAAGUUACAGAGAGCAAAGUUUGCUCCUCGGAGGAGUUCACGUGCCGCAGUGGAACGGGUACGUGCAUUCCGCUGGCCUGGAUGUGCGACCAGAACCGGGACUGCCCGGACGGAUCAGACGAGAUGUCGUGCAAUGAAACCUGCCGAUCGGACGAAUUCACCUGUGCUAAUGGGCGAUGCAUCCAGAAGCGUUGGCAGUGCGACCGAGACGACGACUGCGGCGACAACAGCGACGAGAAGGGUUGCCAGGCGACGACGUGCGAUCCCCUGAAGCAGUUUGCCUGCUCGGAGAACUAUUGUAUUACGUCCAAGUGGCGCUGCGAUGGGGAACCGGACUGCCCGGAUGGAUCCGACGAGAGGGGCUGCACAAACCCGACACCUCCCGCCGUAAACCCGUGUCUCUCGCUUGAGUACCAGUGUGCCGAUCGGAUAACCUGCAUCCACAAAAGUUGGAUCUGCGAUGGCGAGAAAGACUGUCCGCAAGGCGAUGACGAGAUGCCGCCCAUCUGCCAGAAUGUGACCUGUCGACCCGAUCAGUUUCAGUGCAAGAAGGACAAAACAUGCAUCAAUGGACACUUCCACUGCAAUGGCAAACGGGAGUGCUCCGACGGAAGCGAUGAGGUUGAUUGCGCUGAGCUACCUGCUGUGAAGUGUAAUCCUAAGACGGAGUUCGACUGCGGUUAUGGAAUGUGUAUCCCACUAUCGAAGGUUUGUGACAAGAAACCGGACUGCCCGGAAUUCCAGGACGAGCCUAACGAUAAGUGUGGCAAGAAUGAGUGUUUAGAGAGCAAUGGAGGCUGUUCUCAUCUGUGCGUGGACACGCCAGCUGGGUUCUACUGCGAUUGCAAACCGGGCUACAAACUGGUGGGGAACCGUACAUGCGAAGACAUUAACGAAUGCGAGGAGGCUGGAUCGUGUUCGCAAAAGUGUACCAACGAGAUCGGUACUUUCAAGUGCGAAUGCAUGACUGGCUAUCUGCGGGAUCCCCGGGAUCACACCAAAUGUAAGGCGACCGAGGGGCAUGCCUCGCUGUUGUUUGCCCGACGACAUGACAUCCGCAAGAUUUCGCUGGAUCACCGUGAAAUGACAUCCAUCGUGAACGACACCAAGUCGGCGACGGCAUUGGACUUUGUGUUCCGCACCGGAAUGAUCUACUGGAGCGACGUUUCCGAGCAGCGGAUUUACAAGGCACCAAUUGACGAGGGGUCGGACAAAACGGUGGUGGUCAAAGAUCAAACCGUCACCUCAGACGGUUUGGCCGUGGACUGGAUCUACAAUCACAUCUACUUCACCGACAUCAAGAAGGCAACUAUCGAGCUGACCAACUUCGACGGCAACAUGGGUAAGAUCGUAAUCAAAGACGAUCUGGAGAUCCCACGGGCUAUUGCACUGGACCCAAUCGAUGGCUGGAUGUACUGGACAGACUGGGGAACAACUCCUCGGAUUGAACGUGCCGGAAUGGACGGCACACAUCGGCAGGUGAUCGUAACCUACGAAGUGAAAUGGCCCAACGGUAUCACAUUGGAUUUGGUACGGAAACGUGUCUACUGGGUCGAUGCCAAGCUAAACACCAUCUCUUCGUGCGACUAUGACGGAUCUCAACGAUCGGUGGUCCUGUACUCGGCAGAUUACCUUCGGCAUCCAUUUUCCAUUACCACGUUUGAAGAUUAUGUUUAUUGGACCGACUGGGACAAAGAAGCCGUCUUCAAGGCGAACAAGUUCAACGGAAAAGACAUUGAACCAGUGACGGCGAUGCACAUGCUACAGCACCCGAUGACAAUCCACGUGUACCACCCGUACCGUCAACCAGACGGUACCAACCAUUGUCAAGCUGUCAAUGGACACUGCUCCCAUCUCUGUCUGCCAGCGCCGCAGAUCAACAGUCGAAGUCCAAAGAUAUCUUGCGCGUGUCCCACUGGGCUUAAGCUGAUGGAUGACGGCCUGAUGUGUGUGGAAGACGUGAGUGAAUCGAAUGCGAGGGGUCCAUCAACGUCGCAUGCUUCGAAUUCACGCUCCUCAACGGCCAAUGACACCAGCAGCAGCAACAACAAAGGCAUCGAACACCAUCCCGGUAAUAUUUACGACGACAAAAGUAUCAUUGCCUCCACGGGUAAACCAACUUCAUCGAAUGCAUCGCCAGCGUCUUCGCAUGGGGACCAUAACUCUUCCUCAUCACCAUCAUCAUCGUCACCGCCACCCACCCAACCCUCAUUCAGCAACAGCCUGCACAUUGGGGUCAUUUGCACCAAUCUAACCCGCAUCGAAGCGCUAAUUGCUACUCUAAAAUCCAUCAAAACGGUCAACAAAACCGUCCUGCAUCGAUCCUAUUUCAAUCGGCGUCGAGUGAAAGUAACUACUCGGGGACCCCCAGUCAAGCAUUCGCUGAAUGACGAACCAAAGACGGCCACCGCGACGACAAUCAAAGCAGACCAUGAAGACGAACACACGACAAAGUCCCCUCAGAAUGACCCCACAGACACCGACUAUCAGAACCAUGAAGAGGGAUCCGACGAAUACAGCUACUGGGAAUACCGGAAGCGGUUCAACAUGCUUGAGACCCUGUUUAUGGAUAAGGUGGCUGACAUUGGUGGACCGGACGGGGGCAAUCGUGACAUCUACGGAAAUGAACUGCACGCGUCUUUCGAGUACGUUCGAUGGCUUUGCCGGAAGUACCAAGCCACGAUGCGAAAUGGCACCGAUGGAACCAUCAUCAAGCCAGACGUGAUGGAGGACGACACCGGCGUGGUGGCCGUAAUUACGAUCGCGAUCACCUCGGUCGUAGUCAUCUUGUUCUUUGCGGCCGCUUACUUCAUCUAUAAGCACCACGUGCACCGGAACUCCACGUCGAUGAAUUUCGAUAAUCCGGUCUACCGGAAAACCACCGAGGACCAGUUCAGUCUGGAGAAGAACCUGCCGAGCCGCAUGUACCCGAGCACCGUCGGCGAAGAGGUAAGAGCCUUGGCCAGAGAUUACUCCGUGAGCAUACGAUAAGUUAACAAGCUUGGCCCGCUGGGCAACCAGAGUUAGGGCUAGUCGAACUGGACAGAAUGGAGCGGAACGGAAAGGAAAAUUUUGAAUGCUAGCAUUGCGCAAAAAAAACUCUAACUAACAAACUAACGAACACGUGUAGCUUUAGAUUACACCGUCUGAAAAGGAAGAGCAGAGAAACGAAAAAACGUUUUUUUUUAUCAUCGAGUUUUUUUGUCACAAGCCAAAAGGUGCAACUGUAGGAUAUCCCCACUUUUUAGAAAAAUAAAUAAAACACAUACUCUGUGUCACUUUCAACGCGGUAAUCAUCAAGGGUAGAGUAGUCGAGAGAAGUGAAAAAAUAUAAACUAAGCAACAGUGAACUCGAAAGCAGGAACCACAGGGCUCCUAAUUAAAAUGAAUAUCCAGAUAUCCAACAUGGUUCCGCAAAAAAAACAUGCACCAAAAGGGAUUCAUACGCCACCGAUGCAGUAAGGAUGUGAGCAAAAAAUAUCUAGAACCGAACAGAUACAGAAUCUAAUUAGCAAGCAACUAUAAUAUUUAUGUUGUCC